CGGGCCCAAUCCAGGUGACAGAAAAACGUCGACCAUUUUGAAUGUAGGAGAUAAGGUAAAUCACAGGUGUUUUUGUCGGAAUGAAAAUGGGAUAUACGGAAGUGACUAAUUAGGUAAAAAAAACAAUGGCUUUUGGUGGAACAUUACAGAAUGUGUCGGUUUCAGUGUUUUUUCUGCUAUGUUGGGUCUCAAUCGUGUUUUCGCAAGGAUUCAUCACACCUCCGGUGCCAGGUAUACAUCCAAUAGAAGCUAAUGGAAAGCUGUAUAAUCUGUGGUAUGUACCAUCAAAAUGCAAAGACCCUUAUGUGAUGGUACAAUCUGAGUUUGGUGGUGGUGGAAUAGUGAUAAAAGACAGAAAGGUUCUAAUGGAAAAGUAUGGACCAUACCAUAUUCAAGGAAAUAUUGAAAUAGCACCAUCCGGAUGUCUAGUUAUUAUGCCGGGAACUAAGAUGUAUUUUGGUCCAGGAUAUGGCAUAAUCGUCAAUGGAACAUUAAUAGCUAGGGGAAGCUAUUUACCUAAUCAGAGGAUAUUGAUGACAAAGAAUCCCAACACAACCCACUCUGUUGGUCCAAAUGGUGUAUGGCCGAAAGAUGCAAGGUUGGUUGAUGGAAACACUACAAGAGAUGGAAGACUGGACCUUUUGUAUAAUGGCAAGUGGAGAGGCGUUUGCACAAAUUACAACAAUUUUACAGCAAUAGAUUUAAAUGUCACUUGCCGACAUCUUGGAUUUGUGUAUGGCAAUUUCACAUAUCACUCAUUUGCGAGGAAUGAGACAGAUUACAUGGUGUUUGAGAAACCAGGAUGUCGUGGAACAGAGAACAGUCUUUUUGAGUGUCCUGGCAAAAUCAAAGCUGGACCUAACAUUUGCGAUGGUCAGCAGGUAGUUGGAUUUCAAUGUGUUGGCCUGCGUCCAGACUUGGCUAAAGAUCAUUGGAGAGGGAUAGAAUUCUACAAUGCUACAGUUGACUAUAUCUACAAGGAUAAAAAUCUCUAUUUUAACUCAUCCCUAUCUUUCCUGGAAUAUCUAGACAUAUCCUACGCAGGUCUUGAUAUUUACAAAGUGGACGGUUUUCGCCAUGGAAUUGGAACUAUCAGUGCUAGUCCAUUUGUACCAAUAAUGAACAAUGUUACAAUAACACAUGGUGCCUAUGAUGGUCUAAACCUUACUGACAUCAGAGGAGAAAUACACAUUGCUAAUAGUACUAUAGCUCACAAUAGAGGUUAUGGAGUAUUUAUCAAGUCACAUGUUGGACGUACCCUGAUUAAUAUGACAGAUGUUGUUGAUAAUUGGGGAGAUGGAGUGAAGAUGUACCUCACAAACUACACAAUAAAUGAGUUCAAUCGUGACUAUCCGUCCUCUAAGUCAUUUUGCAGAACCCCGUCAUCUAUCUAUUUAUCCGAGUUUCCAGUUGUCUUGCAUGAAGAUUUGGUGAACACUGUGGGUGACAAACCAGCUGGAAGUUCUUGCGAAAAGCUGUAUACCACAGUACCAGGUAAAAUGAUCACACUACACACCAUUAUAAAUGAGAGGGAUCCUGAGGCUACAGGCAAAAUGAUCAUUCGAGACGGAGGCUCAAAGGGAAAAAUAAUCCAAGAAUACCCCAUAGACAAUGGAACGUUCCCUCAGUCCAUCACUACUAAAACAAAUGUGAUAUUUAUGGAAUUUCAAUACACAGUUCCACCACGACCACCAAAUGGAGUAGACCCAACCAAGAGAUGUAAACAUCUGAGAGGCUGUAUUCGUUUUCUGCUAGAAGCUACCACUGAUUAUGGUCCAGAUACUGAGUUAAGACUGAUAAAUACAACUGUUGCUAACAAUACUGGGUAUGGAGUCAACGUUCAAGAUGUUCGCUCAAAAGUUGCCCUCAAUGCAUCUGUGAUAUCAAACAAUGGAUAUGGUGCUGGUCUACGCAUUUACCAAGGGGCCGCAGAAAUUGCAGUAAAUAAUUCUAGAAUAGAAUAUAAUGCACAUUGUGGAGUAAAUAUAACAUAUUCGGGUGGCUACCAACUGUUCAACAUGUCAACCAUAGCACAUAAUUAUGGUUAUGGAGUGAUAACUGAAUAUUUGCGCUUGAAUAGGACACGUAUUGAACUUGUGCAAAAAAUCGAAGUUGUAAGAUCAUUUUUUGUAAUGAAUGAGUGGACAGCGUUUAGAAUAGGCAAUUAUUGUCGUGGAGGAGAGUAUUUGUUUAAUUUGACAUACUUUGGACAUAAUCAGCAUGAAGUGAUUGAGUAUCUGUCGUGUAACAUAUCAACUGCGCAUAAUACAAACUUCAGUAUGGCUUUCAAUGUAUUUGAGAAAAACAAGCGUCACGCAGUCCUGAUGUCGCCAGUUGUGAAUACUGUUGGAGUUUUUACAAAUAACACGUUUAGAAAUCACACGCUUGGAGUGCUGAGAAUCAACAAUGGAUAUGACUUCAUUGAAAAUCGCUGGUAUAAAGAAUUUGAUGUUCAGUAUAAAAUUUUUGGAAAUGCAUUCUAUGAUAAUAGUGGCCGAUAUGUUGUAAACUUCAGAUUAAGUCAGCCUGGACCGCAUCACAAACUGGAGUUUAAGUUCAACAAAUUAACAAAUAAUUAUAUUACAGACCCAUUCAUGUAUUUAAAUCCACGAAGUAAAGCCGAUAGCGUGAUAGUUGUGUCGUCAGGAAACAUCGAGGUCCAGCGGAACUGGAUCUACAAUCCAGAUUCAGUAAGAGAUAUAGCGACUCAUUUAGUAGAUCCCUCCAUCAUUAUUUUAGCCAAUUACAACUGGUGGAAUACACGCGAUCAUGGAAUUGUUUAUCAGAGACUUUUUGACCAGAAAAAUCGUUUUAAUUUAGCGGAACUUGAAUAUUACCCAGUUCUAAAAGAUGAAUGGUUGUAUGGAACGUAUGAUACGAGCGAUGAACCAAGACAUCGGUGGACUUUUCAGAGGGGUUCUAAGAUUGGAGGGGUGAUGGACGGUACCUUUACUACAGAUUACAGGAUAAAGAGAUACACAGUAGAUAGAGAUAUAUUUGUCCUGAAGGACGCUGUGCUCAAUAUUCAGCCGGGAACAACAUUUGAAUUUGAAUCAUCAAUUGGCAUGGUUGUCCAUGGCAGGCUAAAUGCUGAUGGGGCUUUUUUUCCAAUCAAGUUUAAACUGUAUGAGGAUGAUGUGCUUCCAUUAGAAAACCGGACAGUUUAUGAGAAAAUUAGACUGGUUGAAGGUCUUACAGAAUAUGAAGGUAGACUGGAACUCAACAUGACUGGUGAAUUCGGCACAGUCUGCAGUGAUGGUUGGACGGAACAGAACUCGGCUCUUGUUUGCCAACAGUUGGGGCUUACUUACAACCCGGAGUAUGGCGACCCACUGAAGAAAAUGUUUGGGCUCUCUCAACCAAUUUUGUUGAGUCAUGUAGAUUGUGACAGCCUUGACACAGACAUAUUCCAGUGUAAGGCACAACGUGUGGGCGAGUUUGAUUGUGAUCACACUAGGGAUGUAUUUAUACGCUGCCAGGCUCCAACCUGGUCAGGUUUGACAAUACCUGCUAUUCCUAGAUAUGGUCUGACUGCUGAAUCAAGGAUUAACCACCUUACCAUUGAAAAAGCUGGCCUUCUAGACUUUGUUGACAUGUCCUACUCACCUGGUUUUCGUAUUGACUACAAUUUCUAUUCAAUGUCACAUAUCACAGUGAAAAAUUGCGUGUCAGAUGGAAUAAACAUUAAAUAUAGUAAUCCAUUCAGCCGAAAUCAGAUGGAGCAUGUAACGGUGGAGAAUAAUCUCGGGAAUGGAAUUUUAACCAGAAGUCCAUUUCUAAAGUUGUCACAUGUAACGCUUACCAAUAACAACAAAGCAGGCUUCAUUUAUGACCCAAUGUUCACAGAAUAUGAGGCCCUGAGUGUUCGAAACUUUAUAUACAGGAAUAGGACCGUGCCGAUUACUCAGGUACCACAGAUAUCGCUAGGCAACCGUGAAAUGAAAUUCUUGACCUGUCCAGCAAGCCAGACUGAAGAGGAUGCAACAUAUUGGGUCGAGAUUUUCACAGUAACAAACACCUUCCGAGUCACAGUGCAAGUGUUUGACUAUAACCCUCUAACAAACAUUGAAAAAGUUACAUUCUAUGAUGGAAGAAAGUCAGAGUGGCAAAAUUCAAAAUCGUGGUCUAUAGAAGAAGACCUUGUUGACUUCCCGAUUGUAUCUAAUGGACAGUACCUGACUUUGAAGCUCACUGUCCGAGGAUUGAGGUCAGGACGUCUAGCAUUAGCAGUAAUUUCAAGUGGUACAGCUGAGGCUUUAGGGAUGCAUUCAGCUAUACAGAUCUAUAACGCAACAAUUCGAAACAAUGAGAGAGGCAUUGUUACAAAACAUUACAACAACCCAUCUAAUGAAAAAAUGGAAAUAUUUCAUAGAGCAAAAAAUGAAGAAAUUUCAUUUGACUCCGUGAAAAUUGAGAAUAGCAGAGAAGAAGCAAUGUUUAUACCAAGUUUGACAAAAUAUCAUACAAACUUUAUACCAACUUUCGAGGAAAUGACAAGACCUGCAAAAGUUGGAGCCGUAACUUACAAUAUAAAGUUCUCCAAGUUUAUUAACAACAAGAAAGGGAUUCACGGUGAACAUAAUCACGUAGAUUUCGCCAACAAUGUCUGGAAAUGGAAUGUGACUUACUUAGAAAUCAGCGGCUGUCAGAGUGGUGGCUUUGAAAUUGAACUUCCAAGGGUUAAUGACAUGUAUGAAAGACAGUAUCACUCUGUUACCUUCACACAGUCAAAGGUUCACAAUAAUCAAAAUUUUGCGUUUGGAGUUCAUGGUUAUUAUGCCAAAGUAAAUAUAUCAAACAACAACUUUUAUGAUAAUGUAUGCAGGACGGGGUUAAUGACGUUGGAUGGGAUGGAAAAAGAGUUAAACUUUAAUGACAACAGAAUGGAAAAUAACAAAUGUAAAUAUGUGGUGGAUUUUGAUCUAAAGAGUCAUUCGGAAUAUUCAGAGAAUGUAAAGGGAUUUUUUCAAAAUAAUGUGAUAACAAACAAUAAGUACAACUCUUUUACACGUACGUUAGGAACUUCAAACACACCUGUAACGUAUGCUGUAGCUAUUCAAGGUGUUCAGAAUAUUCAAGCACGUAGAAAUGUUUUUGAAAAUCGUGAACUUCAAUAUGAACUGGUAGCUGGAAUUACCUCCCUUAUGUUAAACAGUACUUUGGACGUUAAAGAAAACUAUUGGGGAACAACUGAUCAGUAUCAGAUUAAGAAAAGGAUAUUUGAUUUUGAUGAUUGGAAUAAUUUUGCUAUUGCUGACUAUUUUCCAUUUUUGUCUAUACCAAAUCCUGAUGGUGAUCUGUCAAAUGAUCAAGAAAUAAAAAUUGAGCUGGAUUUAAGUCACCUUGGUGGACGUAUUUGGAAAGAUUUGACUAUACCUCCUGGAAAACAUGAAGUGUUCUCUGACUUGACUGUGAUGCCUGGGGUUAAGUUAGUGCUUCAGCCAGGCACUGAGCUCCAGUUCCAUCCAAAUGUUGGUAUGCUUGUCCUAGGACAACUUGAAGCUAGUGGACUCCCAUAUAGCAGAAUAAAGUUUGGGCCUAAAGCCUUAGUGCAGCAAGUAGGAAGACGUAAACGUCAAGUUGCAGAAGCCCUAUCUGGGGAUUAUCUUACCACCUCCGGUAUCAAAUUAAAUGGCGGACAGGAUGAUAAUGAGGGAUUUCUAGAACUAUACAAUACAACUUCAAGGUCAUGGAAUAUCAUGUGUGAUAAUCAGUUUAAUGAAAAAACAGCAGAAGUUGUUUGCCGAUCUAUGGGUCUAGAGACUGUAAAUGUAGAUGUACGGUUCACACCAUUAUAUGACUAUUUUGUAUUUGGAAAAGCAAUGUAUUUCCUGAAAGAAUUUUGGGGCUAUGCAUACUAUUGCAAAGGUGAUGAAGAUUCUUUAGAUUUAUGUAUGAAGAGAAUUAACUAUAAUAUCAACUCAUGUAUCUUUGCUGCAAACUAUACAUUUAUUCGCUGUGGUAAAAGAAAUUUACCUACGUCUAUUGAUGAUUUUGGAAAGUCUAUGGAUUAUUGGGGAAACAUUAGAUUUGCUCAUUCAAAAUAUGAAGAAGAAAUAAAUCCAUUUAUCCGUGAUAAGGAUCGUUCUCUCUUAGAGUAUGUUGAUAUAGAUGGAGCAGGAAUGCUUCAUGGAGAAAAAGUCGGAGCUAUUCAGACCACUUACGUUAGUCCUAAAAUGAGUAACAUUAAUAUAACACGCUGCAUCUCCAAUGGAAUUGAUGUUGUUGCACCUAGACAUAAUGUAGACAUUAAAAAUCAGAAUAUUUCAGGAAAUCUUGGGUAUGCUAUAAAUAUUCUUGUUCUGAAUGGAGAUUCAACAAUCUCGACAACAUCCUCCUUCAUACCUUUAAUCACUAACACUGUUCCAUACAAUCUGUAUGGUCUAGUAGAUAUUUGUCGAAGAGAGAAGGAAAUUGUCCUAAACAACAGACUCAUUUUGUUUUACAAAUACUCCCAGUCAGCAGUGGAUUGUGUUAAAAUCAUACGCGGCCUAAGCAGUGUUGGUCCAAAAACCAUUGCUUUACGGUUCUUGCAAUUCAGUCUGUUCCAUGACGACUUUUACAGAAAUCUGAUUGAGAUUUUUGAUGGAAAAAUGAUAACAGAAGACAAUAUGCUGGCACAGCUGACGGCCAAUAGCACGCAAGAUGAGAUAAAACUGAAGUAUAUGAGCAGUACUGAUUAUCUUACAGUACAUAUACAUGCUUCACCUUCUUAUGGUUUCCAUGGUUUUAUUGCUGAAGUCGUCACUAUACCAUUGUCUGGACUCACUUAUCCAGAUGACAGCAUCCACCAUAACAUCAAACAUUCCAUAAUGAAAGGUAACCAGGAUGGAGCCCUCCUGUAUAAGAAUGUUGGGGAAAUUACACCAUCGCUUAUCGUUGAUCAGUGUUGGAUUGAAGGAAAUGGUGUUGCCAUUCUCAACCUGACUUCCCUGCCAGUUAUUGACGUUGGUUUGCAGUCAACAAAACAGUUUAACUUCCAGAACAGUUUUGUCAGCAGAAAUAAAGGUGGGAUGUAUGUAAGCGCGACAACUCCAUCUGCUGCUACCAAACUCCGUGCUAACAUUACAAAUAAUGUGUUUGCAUAUAUCACUAACGGAGAAGUAUUAAAUCUGACAGGACAUCAUUAUGAGAAGAUUAAACUGUAUGAAAAUUACAUCUUCAAUAAUACCGCCGGAGAUUUUCGAGAUACUAUACACGUCCAAAAUGUGAUUGUGAACUUCACAUUCAACACAGUUACCAACAAUACAGGACAUUAUGUGGUGCGGUUAUAUAACACGGAGCUGACUGAGGCAACACAGGAGUACACAAAGAACUUGUUCAGCAACAACAAUGCUACAGCUCUGUACAGAUCCCUGUUUCAUGUAGGCAGUGGUAACCCUAAAAUAAAUCACAACUAUAUGGUGAAUCCAGAAUGUGACUUUGAACUGGAAUCAAACCCAAUUAACAAACUUCCAAAUGGACAGCCAGCAUACAGUGCUCCUAUAGAUGCUACAAAGAACUGGUGGGGAUCAGAGAGUACAGGAUAUGUGAAUGGGAAAGUCUGGGACAAAUUGGAUAAUAAUUCCCUUGUAGCUGUAGAAUUUAUGCCUGUGAAAAUCAACAAUCAGUCACUGAUUUAUGGAAAGUGUGCUCCUGGAUGGUUUUUAGAGGACAACAGAUGCUAUAAGUAUAUGGGAGCAGCAUUGCCAUAUGCAGAGGCCAACCAGUUUUGUAAGGAAAACAAUGGUUUCUUAGCAGAGUCUAAGGGUAGAGUGGAAUUUUUGAAGUACUUGUUACGUCUGACAAUGAAUGUAUAUGAUGAGAAUAAACGUGUAUGGGUAUACUCAGAGGUGACAAGCGGAAGGUGUAGUGCUCUUGAAAAGAAUUACAUCACAGAGGAGUAUGACUGCUACAAUGUGUUGCAUCCAUUUAUAUGUGAGAAAGAUCCGUACAUCACAGCACCAGAUUCAUCAAUAUACGCAGCUGUAAUUGGUAUAGCCGCUGGAGUGUUUGGCUUGGCAGUCAUCAUAAUAAUAAUUCUAGCAUGCAUGUGGUGUGUUAAAUCGAAAAGACGUAAGAAGGAGAGGUUUGAACGACAGUCCUCUAUCAGGUCUUCAAUAAAGGGCUCAACCAUCAAAUCAAGGUCAACUAUGAGUAUGUUGUCGGAAGGUCACUCAAAACGAAGAUUAGAUCAGUUGUCAUUGUCUUCGUCAAAGUAUAUGUACGACCAGAGGUCACUGGGUGCAUCACAGAUAAGUCUUGGUGGUGUCACUGAAGAUGAAACAACCACAGAUCCUAGAGAGGCAAGACGUAAAUUACGGCAGCGUGCUGAAGUUGCAAGAGGAAGGAGAGAUAACGAUUCCCCUAGAUACGAUCACCAUGAUUUUCAGAAUGGUCAUGCAGGUGGUAGAAGGAGACGGGAAUAUAGUGAGGAUGUUAGCGAUGAUGAACCAAUAGCUCGAGGAAGACCUGAUACACAUCAUACAAAUGGCGGAUAUAAACACUCGGAUGAGAGUCAAGAUUACACAGAGCGAGACAGUGAUGAUGACUGUGUAAAGAAACCAAUCUCUGAUAGCGAAGACGAAGAAGACCAGAGAAGUAGUUUUACCCCGGUUAAAUUUAAACCUAAUGUUGAAAAGGAUUUAGAUUCGAUACAGAUGAAUCCUAAUGGAUCUAUACAGUUUAGAAAACAGGAUGACUCUGGUAGUGUUGAUUUGAGUGGGAGACAACUAAACCGGUCAAUGUCAAGUUUUAGCGCACAUGAUUCACAGCAGGACCAAGGAUCAAAUUCCAGUCAUGGCAGUGGAUUAGAGGCAGUAAAUGCACCCAUACCCCCACCUUCAUUACCUCUUAACAUUCCGGCUAAACCUAAUACCCCAUCACGACCUCAACCGAAACCUGUGCCUGCUCCAAGACCAAAACCUUUGCCAUCUGCAAGAUCAUUUGGAAGUAAGGAAAAUCUUGGAGAAAUGAAGUUGAACAAUUUGAGUCAAGAUGAAGUCAGUGAUUAUCGUGGAAGUCGGGAAAGACUUGACAAUGUGUUUAGUGGUAGAAAAGCUCCAAGUAGGGAGAAUUUGAACACAUUUAAUGAGCCAUAUAAACAGCCCAGAAACAGGAGUCGUGAGGAUUUAACUAAUACUGGUUUAGGUGUAGGUGUUGAUUUAUUACCACGACAAAAUAAGAAUGCUUUGGAUAAAGAUGAAGGAAGGGACUCACCCCUUCAUACAAGUCGUGAAAAUUUGCUUCCUAAACGAAAGGACAGUGAUGGUUAUAGACCUCCAGCUAAAAACAAUCAUUUAAAUAGAAGUCGUGAAAAUAUUUACAAACCUGAACUUUAUGAUCGUGCAGCAGAUUCUAGCAGGGAACCAUUAUAUCCAUAUCAGGGGACUGAACCAGGUGUUGAAUACAUGGGUCGGCAGACACCACAAAACACAGACUAUAGUGAUGGUACAGGAAUUGACUAUUUACCAAGAGACACCAGAACUCCUAUGAAAAGUAGAUACAUGAUUGGUCAACCUCCACACAGUCCUGACAGUCAGCCACCCCCAUACAGUCCUUAUCAGUCUCAGGAUACUGCAUAUCAGUACAGUCCAUCUGCUUAUCAACCCAGUUACCAAGACGAUAGUGCUAGAUAUCAACCGGACUCAUAUAAACCCCGCUAUCCUUCAAGUAGCGCAAGUGAGGGUAUGCCUCACCAGCCCCCAUCUAACAGUGGUAUAGACUAUCUGCCUAGAAGUAAUAUCGGGGCAUCUCCGAAACCGAAUAUAUCAAGGUCACGUGAAAAUAUUUCACGGUCACGUGAAAAUCUGUCUCGUUCUAGAGAAUAUCUGCAAUACUUAAAUGCAGAUCAAAGAGCAUGUGACAGUGAUUUACGGGAAAAUUCUACAGAUGUUGUGAAACCAAAGCAACAGAAAUCAAUUGAAACAGAAAUCUAAAAGUACAUAUCCAAUGAAAUGAUGUAACAUAUCAACUUAUUUUUAUAUUUGUACAGGCCUACUAUAGGAUAAAGAUUUUUUGUAUAUAGAAAUAUGUAUUUUAAACAGAAGUUUUAUACUUUAAAAAUUAAUGUUGUGAUACUAGUAAGUGACCAAGGUACACUAGGUACUGUUUGCAUUACAUUUUUUCUGUACAAAAUGUAUAUCUUUACAUUUUUAAAGGUGAUUUGUGUUGUGUUUUAAAAUAGCUCAAUUAUGAGAGCAUUCAAUUACAGUGAGUUAAUUUAAGAUUUAAUCUUCAAGCAGAGCUUAUUUACGAAAAAGCAGCAAUUUGAUUAAGAAAGAAUUUUUUGUAAAAAAAACUUGGUUUUGGUAAAUUUUGUCACAUUGUGACCGAAAAUUCCCAAUAUGACUCAUAAUUUAGAGCAUUUUGAAAUUUGUGUUUGUAUUGCUGACUGUCAUAGUUAUUUCAAUAUGUCACAGAAUUGACACUAAAAUUGAGCAUAAUAUGCCUUUUUUUUUACUUCAGUGUUAUCAUUUUAUGAUUUUUAAAAAAAACGUUUUCAAGUGCAAUAAGGUAAAAUUAACAAAAAAACCCAGAGUUUUAAGUUCAUAAACAUUAAUUUGUUUUAGAUAAUUCUUACAUGUUUAUCCAUGUAAAUAUUGAUACACAGUACAUCAUUUGACUUUUCAUAUAUUGCCUGACCACAAAUAAAUUUGUGUGCAUAUUGUGAUAGUCUCUAGUAUUUCUCUUGUUGUCGAAUUUUUCAUCCUUAACAUUCAGGUAAUUGUAAUGAUUUUUCAAAAGAAAUUUUUCAGCUUUAAUCUGUCUGUAAUUUUCUAUUUGGCAGUAGUAAUUUGUGACAGAAAUACUUCCAUGUACAUUGCAUCCAUAGGUAGAUGGACAUUACCUUGUUCAGCAUCAACCCAUACAUUUCGAAAUGAGCCGUGCCAUGAGAAAACCAACAUAGUGGGUUUGCGACCAGCAUGGAUCCAGACCAGCCUGCGCAUCCGCGCAGUCUGGUCAGGAUUCAUGCUGUUCCCUUUUAAAGCCUACUACAAUUAGAGAAACCAUUAGCGAACAGCAUGGAUCCUGACCAGACUGCGCGGAUGCACAGGCUGGUCUGGAUCCAUGCUGGUCGCAAACCCACUAUGUUGGUUUUCUCAUGGCGUGGCUCAAAUGAUUUAUUAGGUUUAUAGUUCAUCUUUAUAAGAUGAACUGUUCUAUAUCUACAGAAUGUGGUCAUUCAUUCACACACUAGAAAGGUCAUUUUCUACAUAAUGUGCCUUAACUAAGGUUUCCGUUUCCAUUUACUUUCAACAUAUCGUUUUAUUUUUCAAACUUUUUAAAUACAAUAUUUACUCAUGUAUAUUUAUGAACUUCAUACAUUCCAUUGCUCAGAUUUGUAUCAUUGCUUAAAGUUACAAGGAAUUUCCUAUGUAUAUGUAUACAGGGCAAGGUAAAUUCAGGGGAAUGUAAAUUUGCUUUUAGGUCACUGAGUAACUGUUGAUGCUUUGUCUUUAGAUGGAUGAUUUUGAAAGAUGAAUUCUAGUUUAUUCUGUAGAAAAGACUUAUCAGGGAUUCUGGUUAGUUGAUUAGAAGAAUUUUUAACAGCUUUCAGUUCCAAAGCAUAAAACUUAUUUUUUAUAGCAAUUUGAACUGAUUUGAAAAAAAAUCCAAGUAUAUAUUUUUUGACCGACAUUUUCGAUUACUAUAGAAGCUGCCCUCACAAACACUACUAAAAUCAUACAUUUUAAUAACUUUACUAUGUUUUUAGCUCGACUAUUCAUAGAAUAGUAGAGAUAUUGGACUCGCCCAUGCGUCGGCGUCCGCGUCCCAAUUUGGUCAAGUUUUUGUAUGUAAGCUGGUAUCUCAGCAACCACUUGUGGGAAUGGAUUGAAACUUCACACACUUAUUCACUGUGAUAAACUGACCUACAUUGCACAGGUUGCAUAACUCUAUUAUGCUUUUUUACAAAAUUAUGCCCCUUUUUCGACUUAGAAAUUUUUGGUUAAGGUUUUGUAUGUAAGCUGGUCUCUCAGUAACCACUUGUGGGAAUGGAUUGAAACUUCACACACUUAUUUACUGUGAUAAACUGACUUACAUCGCACAGGUUCCAUAACUCUAUUUUGCUUUUUUACAAAAUUAUGCCCCUUUUUUGACAUAGAAUUUUUUGGUUAAGGUUUUGUAUGUAAGCUGGUAUCUCAGUACUCACUAAUUGGAAUGGAUUGAAACUUCACACACUUGUUCACUGUCAUGAUCUGACAUGCACAAAGCAGGUCCCAUAACUUUAUUUUGCUUUUUUUUUCAAAAUUAUGCCCUUUUUUCAACAUAGAAAUUUUUGGUUAAGUUUUUGUAUGUGAGCUGGUAUCUCAGUAUCCACUAAUGGGAAAGGAUUAAAAUUUCACACACUUGUUCACUGUCAUGAUAUGACUUGCAAUGCAAAGGGUCAAUAACUCAACUUCGCAUUUUACAAAAUUAUGCCCCUUUUUUGACUUAGAAUUUUUUGGUUAAGGUUUUGUAUUUAAGCUGGUAUCUCAGUACCCACUAAAGGGAAUGGAUUGAAACUUCACAUACUUGUCCACUGUCAUGAGCUGAUAAGCACUAUGCAGGUUCCAUUACCCUAUUUUGCUUUUUUACUAAAUUAUGUCCCUUUUUCGACUUUCGUAUUCAUUCAAUCGACAAGGCUGUUGAGUCGAGCAUUGCUGCCCUCCGACAGCUCUUGUUUAAAAAGCAAUCUGUUAUACAGUGAUGAGCCACUCCCUUUGUAUAAAAAUACUGACAAGUUUACAAAAGCUUUGUCUGUUGUAUGAGUUAUCUUUAAUUUACCUGUCUUUAUGACAUCAAGUAUUUUAGCUUUUGUCUUUGUGAAAUUGUUUAAGAUAGUUUACCACAUUUUAAUUUAUACAGUCAGCUAUAGUUUUAGGCAUGCUAGCUUUAAAAGCACAGUAGUAGUGAGAUUUUACACAUUCUUCGAUAUAACAUUUUACUCGGUCAGAUAUUAAACAUUUUCCAGUCUUCAGUGUAACCGUAGUGAACAUAAUCAUUUUAAAACAGUGAUAGGUUUUAGGUCAAAGGUUGUAAGUCAUAGCGACAGACCUUGUGUACCUGACAGACAACAGCAUAUUUGCUUUGUAAAUACAUAUAUGUAGUUAAGAAUAUUGUAUGUCUAUAUUUGUACAUAGCAUAUUUUUUGUCCAUAGUCCACUUUAAUAUACAUUCCAUUUUCUCUCUGCCAUCCAUUCCUUUUUGAUGUAUACAAAAUUACAAAUGCCAUUUUUAUACAUUUUUCUUUAUAAUAAACAAAAUAAACAAAAAUUGCUAAAAACUGA